AUGGCGACCGCGGCGGCGGGCGCCCUGGGCCUGCUGUGGGGCUGGCUGUGGAGCGAGCGCUUCUGGCUGCCCCAGAACGUGAGCUGGGCCGACCUCGAGGGGCCGGGCGACGGCUACGGCUACCCCCGGGCCCGGCACAUCCUGUCGGUGUUCCCGCUGGCGGCGGGCGUGUUCUCCGUGCGGCUGCUCUUCGAGCGGUUUAUUGCCAAACCCUGUGCACUCCAUGUUGGCAUCCAGGACAGUGGUCCUUAUCAGCCCCAACCCAAUGCCAUCCUUGAAAAGGUGUUCAUAUCGAUUACUAAGUAUCCUGAUGAGAAAAGACUGGAGGGCCUGUCAAAGCAGCUGGACUGGGAUGUCCGAAAAAUCCAAUGCUGGUUUCGCCAUCGGAGGAAUCAGGACAAGCCCCCGACGCUCACUAAAUUCUGUGAGAGCAUGUGGAGAUUCACUUUUUAUUUAUGUAUAUUCUGCUACGGAAUUAGAUUUCUUUGGUCGUCACCAUGGUUUUGGGACACUCGACAAUGCUGGCAUAGCUAUCCAUAUCAGCCUCUCACAAGUGGGCUUUAUUACUAUUAUAUCAUGGAAUUGGCCUUUUAUUGGUCUCUAAUGUUUUCUCAGUUUACAGACAUUAAAAGAAAGGACUUCCUGAUCAUGUUUGUGCAUCACUUAGCCACCAUUGGGCUCAUCACCUUCUCAUAUAUCAACAACAUGGUUCGGGUAGGAACUCUGGUCAUGUGUCUACAUGAUGCCUCAGACUUCUUGCUGGAGGCCGCCAAGCUGGCCAAUUAUGCCAAAUAUCAGCGUCUCUGUGACACCCUUUUUGUGAUCUUCAGUGCUGUUUUUAUGGUCACUCGUCUUGGAAUCUAUCCAUUCUGGAUUCUGAACACAACCCUCUUUGAGAGUUGGGAGAUUAUUGGACCCUAUCCCUCCUGGUGGCUCUUCAAUGGCCUCCUCCUGAUCCUACAGGUUCUGCAUGUCAUCUGGUCCUACCUAAUUGCAAGAAUUGCUUUCAAAGCCUUGAUCCGAGGAAAGGUGUCUAAGGAUGACCGCAGUGACGUGGAGAGCAGCUCAGAGGAAGAGGAUGUGGCCGCCAACACAAAAAGCUCCUGCGGCAGCGGCUCCAGCAAUGGUGCCAGUUGGGUGAAUGGCCACAUGGGAGGCAGCUGCUGGGCUGAAGAGUGA